AUGACUGAGUAUCAAAAGGUUCUCAAAGAAUGUACCUCUAACGAGAAUUGGAACAUCUCUAAUUCUAAGUUGCAAGUGCUUGCUGAUCAUUCUUAUAAUUGGAAUGAUUAUACAGUAAUUAUGCAACACUUAUGGAAGAAGAUGAAUUCUAAACCAAAGGAAUGGAGAAGAAUUUUCAAGGCAUUGCAUGCAAUGGAGUAUCUUAUUAAAAAUGGUGCCCCUAGAUGCAUUCAAGAAAUUAAGGAUGAUUUGUUUAAGAUAAGAGCUCUUCAAGAUUUUUCCUACUCAGAAAAUGGCACUGAUAGAGGACAAGGUGUAAGGGAUAAGUCAAGAUCCUUGUGUGAGCUAUUAAGUGAUCCAGCUAAGCUCCAGUAAGAAAGAGAAUAUGCCAAACAGACAAGGGAUAAGUUUUCAGGGAUUUCAUCGACAUCAAGUGAUGGCACUUAGGGUACAACAGGCUCUAAAAGUAACUUCAAUCCAAGUACGUCAGCUGCACCUGCUUCUGGAAAGUUCGGUGGUUUUGGCUCAGAAGAUUUAACUAAAUUUGGCUAUAAUCAACCAGGAUAAUUUGGCUAAGCUUAUGAUCCCUAUGUGAAGACUUAAACUGCUACAACAAGUCUAGAUAAACCCUAAAAAUAGAGUGUUACAGAAGAGGCUGAGAAGAAGAAAAAGAAAAAGAAGAAGAAGAAGAGUAAGAAAGAUGAGUCUGACUCUUCUGACGAUUCCUCUGAUAGCUCAGAUUCCUCAUCAAGUGAUAGCGAGGAGGAAAAACCAAAGGGAAAAUCAAAAGGAUUAAAAGAGGCGCCCAAAGCUACUCGUACCAUUGAUGCAAACGCUUAAUAGCAAUAAGCAACAACUCAAUAAAAAUAAGGAGGAGAUAUGAUUGAUCUUCUUUCGAUAGGUUCAGUCCCAAUGAUUUAAUCUACUUAAUAAACACAACCUCAAGGAUUUAACUUUAUCUAGUAAACAUAGCCUUAACCACAAAUUUAAUAAUAGCAGCAAACUUAAGGUGCAAGUUUACUCAUCGAUAAUAGUUUAUUCGCUCAACCAAAUGUCUAGUAGACCUAGCCAAAUAGUCUUUUCAAUAAUAUGAAUGUAAAUCAAUAACCAUUCAAUAAUCAGUUCGGCUUACCCUAGUAAUAACCUUAAAACCAAUCUUAACAAUUACAAAAUACUUUUGGUUUCUAGUAACCACAAGGUGGAUUAUAGGGCUUCAACACUGCACCAUAAAUAAAUAGCUUCUAGGGAAAUCCAUAAACUUAAAAUAGCAGUCUUUUUGGAAAUCUAAAUGUCAAUUCAUCAAUCAGCUAAUAAUAGCAAUAAAGAUCAUCGCUUUAAGGCUUUAAUCAACCAAGUAAUUAGUUUGAUCCAUUUGCUAGUAUAACAACAAAUACAACUUAGAGUUAGCCUGGAUUUAAUCUCCAUUCACAGUCGCAGCCUUAAUUAAAUAUAAAUAAUUUACCAAACUAAUAAUUCGGAUUUUAGCAAACCUAAUAGACUUAGUCGAAUUUCAAUCCAGGAUUUGGAGGAAUUCAAUAAUAAACAUAAUAGUUACAAUAAUAAUAGCCACUUGCACACCAACAAUAAUAACAACCACAUAAUUAAGGAUGGUAACCAAAGAGCAAAGCUGAUGUUUGGACAGAAGGAAGUGGCCUCUUUGAUCUGAAUAAUCUAAAAUCCGGUGAUAAAACUUUACUGGAAUUUAAACCAACUUCAAGUUAAAAAGAUGAUGAAAAAAUUUGGGGAGGACUUAGUCAGCCCUAGACUCAAGUUAAUCAAUUGAAUUCGUUCGGUAAUCUAAAUCCAGUUGGCUAACAAUUUUCUCAAGGAAACCAAAGUAAUCUUGGAGGAUUUGGGUUAUAAUCUUAAUAAAAGCCAGGAUUCAAUCCUAAUCCAAUGGGAUUGUACAAUUAGCCAAUUCAACAAUAAUAAUAGCAACAGCCUAUGUUUAUGAAUCAACCUUUAAAUUAUGGUGGCUUUGCAAAUGCUAUGCAUAUAUCUCCUUAAUAAUAAAUUCCUCAAACUCAAGCAAAUCCUCUUUUUGGCUUCUAGGGUCAGCCUUAGUAGAAUAUGGGUGGAAUGCCACUCAACACUGGAUUCAAUUCCAAUGCUAGUUUCGGUUUACAGCAGACUUAAUAAAGCUAAUACAAUCAAAUGAACGGAAAUGCUACUGGAGGAUUUGGUUUCAUACAGCCUAGAUGA